AUGGACUGGAAUGUAAGACCACUCCAGAAUGCCGAUGCAGAGAAGAACCUGCAAAGCGAAGCAGCAUGUUACGCUCAGUUGUUUUCUAAUGCAAAUGCUUUUCCUCAGACAAAUGCCUGUUCAUCUAACAAUGCAUGCACUUACGCUGGAAAUAACCAAAUUAUGUAUCUGCCAACUAGCAAUGUUGCCUUCCCUCUUGUAAAUGCUGAAGGAUUCAAAGCUUCAGAUCAGGUCUUACCAGGAGCAUCUGUAGCUGGUAAUGAUUUUUUAAUCUCAAAAUACUCAGGUGAUCGACAUCCACCAUCUAGCAUACCAAUAGCUCCAAAACCUCCCAAUCAGACAUCACGUUUGCAGACAGAGAUGACUCAGAAUUCUUGGCCAAACUCUAAUGCCUACGUUUAUUCCCAUGGAAAGUUACCUCCCCUGUCUUCUCAAAUGAAUGCUGGAAAUAACAUGAGGAAUGUACUUCAGGAACCUCAGUAUGUCACCACAAACGCAUACUCUGUGCGGCCACAAAUACCUCAGCAUAAUUCUAUGAGAACUCCAACUUUAUAUCAAAGUAACGUUAAUUCCCAGAAUAAUUCUAUGUGUCUUGGUACAUCUGGGCAGUAUGUCCAAACCCAAAUAUAUCAUCCCAACGCUCAGUUUAAAGUUUUACGCUCACGGAAUCAAAAUACUGUGGCAAAUGUACAGCUGCUACAAUAUCGACUGAGUCCGAUGGGAUCAGAAGCUCCUAGCAGAUGUUCUGCACCACCUUUGUUGCCUGCUAACUGUGAUUCAGGAGCUGCAGCACAAUCUUCAAUAGGUGUACCACAGGCGGUUCAAAAUGUGCCUAGUGGAUACACUCUUAGCCGACAGAGGUGCCCAUCAGAUCCAAAAAAUGCUUCUGGUUUUAACGGUGUUCAGCAACACUGUCAGAAACAGCAAUCUGGACAAGUCAGUCAAUCAGUUAGGAAUGUCUGUAAUUCAAGUGGAAAUGAGACAGCAAAUCAUCCUUUUAACGAAAUGUCUGUGCCAUCCCCUGGCAUUUCCAAAGAACUCUAUGAUGUUCUGCAAGAAAUGGAAACUCUUUAUUCAGUGGCACCUUCAAAGCCACUGAGUGAUCCUGCUUUGGUUCAAGAAAGCCAGACUAGUCGUUUAGUGAAUGGGCCUGUUAAUUCUCAAAUUUCUUCAGCAGCAGCAGAUGGAAGAACAGUUAUAAAGGACAGGCUAGCUUGGGAAGCUCAAAGGCUGCUCACUAUUAAAAAAAAAAGUGCCCUGCUUGAAAAGAUGCAUCUUUAUAGGAAAAAACUCUUAGCAGCUUCAGAACAUCAUAAAAGUACUCCCCCACUUCCUCCAAGUUAUCAAGCUGCUUUUGCUGAUUGUCAUUCCCAGGUGCCCAACCAAAAUGUACCACCUUCCCCAUCUGCAACAGCAAGGACAGAGUCUCCAAUACUUAACUCUUCACCUGAAGAAAGAAAUGACAAAAACGUAGCCAAUGCUAAUAACAGAGGAUUAGAGGUGACUCAAAGUAACCCUCAGGUGGAGCAGGGAAGGCUUUCAUCAAGCUGCACUCCUAUUCCCUCUCAGAGCAAACUCCCAGCUCAAUUAAAUAAUCCUGAGAGCACUCCCAUCUUGGAACAAAGCGGUGCACGUGCCUUGGCGUCUUCUCAAAAAACUGUGACAUCCUUGAACAAUGCUUCAUGUUGCAAUCAAGUAGAUAGCUCUAUCAAAAGUGCAUCAAAGAGUUUUCCGGCUAGCCCCAAGAACUCAUCAUUUCUUCAGUUUGUGUUGAGCAGCACAAAUAUAUUGAAAGAGAAGACAGCUGGUGCUACUGCUGAUAGAAUACUGACUAGUCUCCUAUGUAGUGAAAAACCACUGGUAGAUACAUCUGUCUCCGGUGGAAGUUUACUAAAAGACACUAGUGAGAAGAAAGUAGAAAGUUUGAAAGGUGAGCAGGCAUUUAUGGUUCACACAAAGUCUCCUGUAUCUGAACCAACCAAAUCUGAUGAAGCUAAAGUCCAGAACGAUUUAGCUCAGAAAAAAAUGCCGUUUACGGAAAACGCAUCUUUUAAACAAAGCAAUUACAAGUACUCUGUGGAAGAGCUAGCGGCCUGUCUGGGCUUGUGGAGGAAGCAUCCAUCAAAAUCUGUAAGUGAGCAAAAGAGCCAGUCAAAUGAAAGCCCCACAGCAAAUCAGAUUUCAACUUCUAGCCAAAACACAAAAAAUAGAGAACAAAAUAAUGUUCUGGUUAGUACAGAUGAAGCAAUUUUGCCUGUAACAACUGCUUCUGUAGGACAAAAACUUGAUACAUUGAGUUGCAAUUUGAUAAAAAGCUUUGAACUCCAAGUUGCAGUUGUUUCUCCUUUAGUGCUUUCUGAACAGAGAACACAGAGUGAUCAGGCAGACAAAUGUCCAAUAUCUGCAGGUAAAACCUAUUCAGGGAUUGACUUGGGACGCACAUGCAACUUGGAAGAAGAGAAAAAUGGUAUAAGUGUGGUAAAUGCCGAUAAAGGAACAACAGAAACUGUUCAGUCGUCACCCAGUGAUUGUGUUCUGAUACAGAAAGUGGACUCACAUUUGCAACAGACCAAAUUAGCUGAUGGAAACAGAAUAGUAAAAAACAGUGUGAGUGCAAAUGAUUCAUAUAAUGAAAACCAAAGGAAAGUUAGUCAAUCUGCACAAGAUGCUGGAGAAAAUCUGCAGCCUGGAUUACAAAACAAGCCUUCUCUUCCUGAACUGGGCAUGAAUUUUUCCAGUCAAAGCUUUCAAGAAGGUAUAAGAGACCAUAAAGACAAGCAGGCUGUGUUAGAGUCAGGAGAUACAUCUGCAGCUGUGUUGGAAGAACAGAUGUUUUGUAUUUCUAGUGUAUGUUCUCUUGUUGAAGGUGAUACAUUUUAUAAUCCACAAAUAGCAAGUAUCUUCAGGUCAGUCCCUGAGACACAUGCAUUAAAUGGUACCUCAUCAGAAGGAAGUGCAUCUGAACCAAGGCAAAAGGAGCCACAGCUGGACUUGUAUAAAAAUGAGCUGAGUAAUAACACUCCCCAAAGAGAGAGCUCGCUGCAAAAGAUGUUGGACAAAUCAACAAGCUGCAUGAGUAAAGCAGGUAAGAUUUUGGAUGGUAUCACAACUAGUCAUUUGGAGAAAGCAAGCAGUGGCAAUCCUCUUAAGGCAAUUUCUACCUCAGAACAAAAAAAGUCAUUCGAUGCAUCUUUCAAGCAUCCUAAAAAUGACUUGGAAAUUGUUGGUGGUAUAAACCAGGCGUUAGCUCAAAAUUCACUAGAUUUCUCAAUCUGCAUAACUGCUGAAACAAAUGUGUUCACUGCUCCAGGAGACAACAGUAAACAAAAUAACAUGUCCAAUAAAAAUAGCACAGAAAAAAUGAUUAACCUUUUUGGAGCACAACCUAUUACAUGUCUAAACAAUCAGCUGUCUGAACUAGUGAAAGAGUUUCCAUAUGGCAUUGAAGGUGUUGAUAUACUAACAAAAGAACCAGUACAAAAUGAUUCUGUAGAUGAGCAGAUGGAGAAUCAACCUCAAAAAGAGACUCAAAUCUGUGAUGGAAAUUCUCAUUUGAAGGACCCAGUAGACCAGAUAAAAAUUGCCAUGUUAAGCACUGAUCAGAUGCGAGAACUGUUACCUGCACACAACCAGUGUUCCUCUAGUGACAGCAAGAGAGUAUCAAGUCAGCAGUCAGAAAAGGCUUCAGCUGAGGAGGAGAACCUUGGAGGCAGUAUUCAGCCUAGUCAGAGUCUAUGUGAGAAGAAAAAAAAGCCACAAAAACCCUCCAACCCCAGAAAAAAAAAAGAUGAUUGUUCUUUAAUGGAUUGGCAAUCUGUAGCAUGCCCCUGUAAACCUGGAACUUCUGGUUCAGACAAAAAUGAUGAUCAGCUUUCAAAGGCUGAAAAUACUAGCCUUGCAGACACACAUGUAAACACCAGUAAAUCUGAUGCUGUAAUGAAGAAUGCCUGUGCAGUAGGAAACCUGCCAGUUUCUGAAGAAAUCCCAGACAGCAUUAGCAAAAAACAUAUUUGCAAAUACACCUCUGUAAUGAACAAAAAAGCUAGGCUGAAGGUGAAUAAUGAAUACAAACCGCUUACAACACAACAGGAAAAAAAUGGACUACUUAAUUCCUCUGAAAAUCAGGAUGUUGAUAAAUCUGAAAGGAGCAGCUGGAAGGAAGAGCUGCAAAUUAACAGAGACACCCCAUUGUUAGACAAAGAAUUUCAUUCUGACAAAGAAGAACAUCAGACUGUCUCAGAAGAGUUGUCAGAGCAAGCUGGUCAUACGGACGCAGACAACGUGACAAAAUCAUCCAAAAAGAAAGAGAAAGUUUUCAAAAAAGAGUCCCUUUCAAAAGAUAAAACCAAAACAAGUUUGGCCAUGAAAUCCAAAACAGACGUUCACAAAUUUGCAAAGUCAGAAACUGUUGAAAUUGAGCUUGCUGAAGUCAAUGAAAGACAAAAAAUUAAAAGCUGUGAAGAGAACUCAGCUGAAGAACAGAACUGUAGGAAACAAAAGGAGAUACUUGGGCAAGAUGUAGGAAUUAACACUAAAGAGAAAGCCAAAUUAUCAGCAGAAAUAAACCAUAAAAAGCUGAAUAGUUAUCGUGCUGAUACUGUAAAGUUCCCAAAUAUUGGCACUGUAGACGUGAAGUCAAGAAACCACAAAUAUUCUCAGCAUAAAUCUAUGAAAGUUCAUCCUUCACAGGAACAGUCGUACAAACGGAAGAGGAAGGAAAAUAUGAUUGGGAAGAGAGACCCUAAGAAAACAAAGGUGGAAGAGGAAAGAUUGAAACAAUCCGAACCAAAGAAUUCCAAGCAGCUUUCACAUAAUUGCAUGACAAAUACUGAUAAAGCUAAAAAAAUGAAUGGAGAAAAUGGCUGGAAACAGAAGAGUUCAUUAGCAGAUCGCUCUGUGCUCAAACUACAGAGAAAAAGGGCUCGAUCUUCUACCAUCUCUAAAAACUACUUUUCUAACAAAGAGAGACGUCUUGAUGGUCAAAACAAAGACAAGUACUCUGAGAAAAUUUUUCCUGAUAAAAACCUGCUAUACUUAAAUAGAAGAAAUAACAGGUUAAAAUUGCAUCUUCAGAAGGAACCAAAAAAACACUACCUAAACAGAGUUGCAUUUAAACGUACGGCACAGGAACGCAUAUAUCUGACAAAAUUAGAGACAUCACCUGUCAGGCCCGUCUGGCAUACGAAGUCCAAAGUGUCACAAAACAGCCCAGAUGCAAAAAGAGAUGCUUGUGUCUCAGAAGUUGGGAAAUCACGCAAGCAGGAAGUACUUGAAUUUAAGCUGUGUCCAGAUAUACUGUUCAGAAAUCCAACCACUGACGAAGAAAGCUUAGCUGCAAAGAAUUCCCGGGAAAGAGAAAAAGCCGUUGUGGCAGGUGUCAAGAGUAAAAAAGAAGAUUGGUUAAAAUGUGAUACAGUGAAGCAAAAAAAGCUGGAAGAGAUUUCUACAGCUGAGGACAGUAUUCCACUUGAUAAAGCUAUACAGAUCCUGGAUGGAGAUGGUGAGGCUCUUCACAUUCAAAUCAAAGACUCAAAAGAGAUAUUUCAGACCUACAGGAAAAUGUAUCUGGAAAAAAAGAUGCAAAAGCCUUGAUAGCACUCCUGUAUCAUAGGUCUU